AUGAAUAGUUAUGGUGAUCCCUUUGGUUUUACCAAGCAAACAGCCUCUUUAUUGCGUGGUUUGGGUGCAUCUGAAUUAAUACCAGAAUGCAAAAAAAGAAACAUAUCAACUGAUGUAUUACAUGAGCUCAGUAUACAAGAACUAGUAAUGUUAGGCACUAAUCCUCAAAAAGCUCAAGAAUUACAAAAUACUUUAAAUCUAAAAAAGAGAAGAUCUGGUAUUGUAAUAGCAAAUGUUGAAGACAGGAAUCAGCACUUUCUUGAAAUAAUUGGACAUGGUGAGCAGCAUAUCUCUCUAAUACAAGCAUUUGUAACGUAUUGUCGAUUAAGACUUGUAAAAGAAAGAAUUAACACUUUUGUUGAUCCUGAUAAGGGUCUGAGCACUUCUAAAAUAUUACCUAUUGCUAUUAAUGCAACAUUAGCAGAAAUAGAUGAAGCAAGAAAAAGUCUUUCUGAACUAGAAAAAUUAAUUUUAAGGCUCUUCGCGAUCAUUGUAUUCGGAUGCAUAAGCAACAAGGGGUACGUGACAAAGGCAGACGGAAAAGAGGUGUGCCUCUACAACGAGGACCACAACGCUUGUAAUUAUGGGAUAGGAAUCGGAGUCCUUGCCUUUCUUGCAAGCAUCGGAUUUCUUGCUGGGGAAUAUCUCUUCGAACAGAUGUCCUCCGUUAAGACCAGGAAGCAUUUUGUCCUUCUUGAUUUAGGAUUUUCAGGCUUCUGGGCGUUUCUCUACUUCGUUGGAUUCUGUUAUUUAACCAACGCUUGGAAUAAAUCGACAGAGCCAGCGAACAAUAAUGUCCAAAGCGCUAUUGCUUUCUCCUUCUUCUCCAUUUUUACCUGGGCUGCUUGUGCCUGGUUCGCCUUCCAAAGAUUCAAGCAAGGAACCGAUGCUGCAUUCGCACCGAGUUACGAAGCAGAUCCUGUUGGUGGAGCAGGAUAUACAAGUUAUCCUGAUGCGACCGAUACCGGCUACCAAGAACCACCUUUUGGUCAACAGCAACAGCAACAGCAACAACAACAACAACAACAACAACAGCAGCAACGGAUGCCCGAUUUCCGAGCCCCGGCUUACUAAUCCUCUCAGAAAUAAUGUAAUACUAGCGAUGCAACGCAAAAAAAAAAAAACAAUAGGAAGAAGAAGACAGAAGCUCUACGAGGAAAUCUUCAGUCAUUGAGCAAUGUCGAUAGAGUAAGUUUUCAUAGUAAGAUAACUAGUGAAUGAAAGAGAGAGGAGAGAUUGGCAAAUGGGGGAGACAAAGAAAUAGGGAUGUAGGAGAACAGGAAGAGAAAGAAGGAGAACAAGAAAGAGAAUGUGCGCGCGUGCGUGUGUGUGCCUGUGUAUGUGUACGUGUACGAAUACAAGAAAAUAGAAGGAAUGCGUGGAUGUGCACGCGCAAAACAACAAAACGUUACUUGUUAAUACUGUGCUUCUUAUUGUUGACCACUUAUAAGUCUUACACCUAAAAAUCAGUGGCGUGAGCGACAAAGAAAAGAAAAAAAUGAAAAAAUGGGUUAUUGCCCUUGGAUAAACAUUUGAGAUCGGAGAAGAAAGAGUGCAAGAGAGCGGAAGAGAGAGAUUGAGAGCGAGAUUGAGAGAGAGAGAGA